UAUGUCUACGUGGGCCAAUGGGCGAGCCCACCAAACUAGAGGCUCCCAUCCACUCAUUCACCAGAAGGCCAACCGCCCGCACGCACUUAAAUUGUGUUCCCCUGCUCAUUCUCUCACUGCAACAGAAGAUAGAACCUCCCCUCUCUCUCUCUCUCUCUCUCUUCGAUGAACUACCUCACUUGUUUUUUGCUGACACUAUAGUUGCCGUAGGUUUUGUGGGAAUCUGUCUAGUAGAGAGGACUUUCAUGGCAUCAGUGACAUCUUUGGGAUUGCCGGUUUCCAAGGUUGAUUAUCUCCACAACCGUGCCCGCCCUUCGUCUCUCUCCUACCUUCUUCGGAGUGCCGCUUCUCUUAGCUCACAAUUGGAUGGAAUCAGACUACCCAAUUCAUUUCCGGAAAGAAAGGCGGGAAGAAGGGCAAGCACUUCAAAGGUGACAUGUGCAGUGGUUGGCAACGGCCUCUUCACUCAAACCACACCCGAGGUGAGGCGAAUAAUUCCCGACUCAUCUCGGAACCCCUCAACCCCAAAGGUGAAGAUCGUGUACGUGGUACUCGAGGCCCAAUACCAAUCAGCCCUGAGCCAAGCUGUUUGGUCUCUCAACAAGAAGAACGCAGGUGCUGCUUUUGAGGUUGUGGGUUACCUGGUAGAGGAGCUCAGAGAUGAGAACACAUACCGAACUUUUUGCCAAGACCUCUCUGAUGCCAAUAUCUUCAUUGGCUCCCUCAUUUUUGUUGAGGAGCUUGCACAAAAGGUGAAAACUGCUGUGGAGGCUGAGCGUGAUCGGCUCGAUGCGGUCCUUGUAUUUCCCUCCAUGCCCGAGGUGAUGCGCCUAAACAAACUCGGGUCUUUCAGCAUGUCCCAGCUUGGGCAAUCAAAGAGCCCAUUCUUCCAACUAUUCAAGCAAAAGAAGCGAAGUGCCGGUUUUGCAGACAGCAUGCUUAAGCUUGUACGCACUCUCCCAAAGGUCCUUAAAUACCUUCCCAGCGAUAAGGCCCAAGAUGCCCGCCUUUACAUCCUAAGCCUCCAAUAUUGGCUUGGAGGCUCUCCUGAUAACCUUGAAAACUUCCUAAAAAUGGUUUCGGGGUCCUAUGUUCCAGCUUUGAAGAGUGUAAAGAUGGACUAUGCUGAACCCGUGGUGUACCUAGACAGUGGGAUAUGGCACCCUCUAGCCCCUUGCAUGUACUCUGAUGUGAAGGAGUACAUGAAUUGGUAUUGCACAAGGAAAGACAUAGGAGAGAGGAUCAAGAGUCAAGAUACUCCAGUUAUUGGGCUAGUGUUACAAAGGAGCCAUAUAGUCACUGGCGAUGAAGGCCAUUAUGUAGCAGUUAUAAUGGAGCUUGAGGCGAAGGGAGCUAAAGUGGUGCCUAUUUUUGCAGGGGGUCUGGACUUUUCGGGACCAAUAGAGAGGUAUUUUAGAGAAGGAGUGAGCAAGAAGCCUCUUGUUCAUGCAGUGGUUUCGUUGACAGGGUUUGCGUUGGUUGGAGGACCUGCAAGGCAGGACCACCCUAGGGCAGUGGAGGCUUUGAGGAAGCUUGAUGUGCCCUAUAUUGUGGCUUUGCCUUUAGUUUUCCAGACCACUGAUGAGUGGCUUGCGAGUACGUUAGGUUUGCACCCGAUUCAGGUGGCUUUGCAGGUGGCCUUGCCGGAGCUUGAUGGAGGGCUUGAGCCCAUUGUCUUCUCUGGACGAGAUGCAAGGACAGGCAAGUCCCAUGCGCUUCACAAACGAGUUGAGCAGCUCUGCACCAGGGCCAUCCGAUGGGCUGAACUCAAGCGAAAGGCUAAGGAGAAGAAGAGGUUGGCCAUCACAGUCUUCAGCUUCCCACCAGACAAGGGCAAUGUGGGAACCGCUGCCUACCUGAAUGUCUUCGCCUCCAUAUUCAGUGUCCUCAGAGACCUAAAGCAUGAUGGGUACUGUGUCGAUGGCCUCCCUGAAACUGCUGAGGCCCUAAUCGAGGACAUAAUCCAUGACAAAGAGGCCAAAUUCAGCAGCCCCAACCUCAACAUUGCAUACAAAAUGACAACACGUGAGUAUCAACAGCUCACCCCGUACUCCAAAGCUCUUGAAGACAGUUGGGGCAAGCCACCGGGUAACCUUAACUCAGAUGGUGAGCACCUCCUUGUAUACGGAAAACAAUAUGGAAAUGUGUUUAUUGGUGUUCAGCCAACGUUUGGAUACGAGGGCGAUCCUAUGCGCCUCCUCUUCUCGAAGUCAGCUAGCCCUCACCAUGGCUUUGCUGCCUACUAUUCAUUUGUCGAGAAGGUCUUCAAGGCCGAUGCAGUGCUUCACUUUGGCACCCACGGCUCGCUCGAGUUCAUGCCGGGCAAGCAAGUGGGCAUGAGUGAUGCAUGCUACCCUGAUAGCCUGAUAGGCAACAUACCAAACAUCUAUUACUAUGCGGCCAAUAACCCCUCUGAAGCCACAGUGGCCAAGAGACGAAGCUAUGCUAACACUAUCAGUUAUCUAACUCCUCCUGCCGAGAAUGCAGGGCUCUACAAGGGGCUCAAGGAGCUCGCAGAGCUCAUUUCGUCAUACCAAUCACUUCGAGACUCAGGACGAGGGCCUCAGAUAGUGAGUAGUAUCAUAAGCACAGCAAGAAGGUGCAACCUCGACAAGGAUGUGGAGUUACCAGAGGAGGGGGUCGAGCUAACUAAGGAGCAACGUGACCUAACGGUUGGUCGGGUGUAUAACAAAAUCAUGGAGAUUGAGUCAAGGUUGUUGCCUUGUGGCCUGCAUGUCAUUGGAGAGCCCCCUACAGCUAUGGAGGCAGUGGCCACUUUGGUGAACAUUGCAGCCUUGGAUAGACCUGAAGAUGGGAUAUGCAGCCUCAACUCUAUAUUGGCCGAGACUGUAGGACGAGAAAUGGAGGACAUUUAUAGGGGAAGUGACCAUGGUGUAUUGCAAGACGUGGAGUUGCUAAGGCAGAUCACAGACGCAUCUAGGGGAGCCAUCUCAGCUUUUGUUGACCGAACCGCCAAUAAGAAAGGCCAAGUGGUUGAUGUGGCUGGGAAGCUCGGUUCCAUACUUGGGUUUGGGAUGAUGGAGCCAUGGAUCCAAUACCUAUCGCAAACCCGGUUUUGGGCUGCUGACAGAGAGAAGUUGCGCACAUUGUUCGGUUAUUUGGGCGAGUGUCUGAAGCUUAUUGUGGCUGAUAACGAGCUUGGAAGCUUCAAACAAGCCCUAGAGGGGAGUUAUGUGCUGCCAGGGCCUGGAGGUGACCCAAUAAGAAACCCUAAGGUUCUGCCCACUGGUAAGAACAUACAUGCACUUGAUCCACAAGCCAUUCCGACUGUUGCCGCUAUGCAAAGUGCAAAAGUAGUGGUCGAUAGGUUACUUGAGAGGCAAAAGGUGGACAAUGAGGGAAGAUACCCUGAGACAGUUGCCUUGGUGCUAUGGGGAACUGAUAAUAUCAAGACCUAUGGGGAGUCACUAGCCCAAGUGCUAUGGAUGAUUGGGGUGAGGCCUGUGGCUGAUACAUUUGGGCGGGUGAACAAGGUGGAACCUGUUAGCCUUGAGGAGCUUGGUCGCCCUCGUAUUGAUGUUGUUGUGAAUUGCUCUGGUGUCUUCCGAGACCUCUUCAUCAACCAGAUGAAUUUGUUGGACCGAGCAGUAAAGAUGGUUGCAGAGUUCGAUGAACCUGAGGAGAUGAACUACGUGCGCAAGCACGCCCUCCAACAGGCAGCUGAGCUCGGCGUCGAUGUCCGAGAGGCGGCCACUCGUGUCUUCUCAAAUGCCUCAGGCUCCUACUCCUCAAACAUAAACCUUGCAGUAGAGAAUUCAUCAUGGAAUGAUGAGAAGCAACUUCAGGACAUGUAUUUGACCCGGAAAUCCUUCGCUUUUGAUUGUGAUGCACCAGGGGCUGGCAUGCUUGAGAAGAGGAAAGUGUUCGAGAUGGCCCUUGGAACUGCCGAGGCCACCUUCCAAAAUCUCGACUCCUCUGAAAUCUCACUCACUGAUGUGAGUCAUUACUUCGAUUCUGAUCCCACCAACCUGGUUCAAUCCCUGCGUAAAGAUGGUCGGAAGCCAAAUGCUUAUAUUGCUGAUACCACCACUGCUAAUGCACAAGUUCGAACCUUAUCAGAGACUGUGAGACUUGAUGCUCGCACAAAGUUAUUGAACCCUAAGUGGUAUGAAGGCAUGUUAUCGAGUGGUUAUGAAGGGGUUAGAGAGAUAGAGAAGAGGCUAACCAAUACAGUUGGGUGGAGCGCCACAUCUGGACAGGUGGACAACUGGGUUUAUGAGGAGGCAAACUCCACGUUUAUUCAAGAUGAGGAGAUGCUCAAGAGAUUGAUGGAUACCAAUCCGAACUCAUUUAGGAAGCUGGUGCAAACAUUCUUGGAGGCCAAUGGAAGAGGUUACUGGGAAACCUCGCAGGACAACCUUGACAGGCUCAGGCAGCUCUACUCUGAUGUAGAGGACAAGAUUGAAGGAAUUGACAGAAUUUAAUCUCUCUCUCUCUCUCUCUCUCUCAGAGGCAGCUCUACUCUGAUAUUAGAGAACAAGAUCCAAGGUCUUGACAGAUCUUAACUCUCUCGCUCUCUCUCUGAAAUUUGGGACAAUCAUUUGUGAAUUUUGUCAUAAACAUCAUCAUUUAUCUUCUAAUUUUGAUUCAUAUGUACCUAAGUGGGAUGGAAUAAAUAAUCCACUCUUCUUUUGAUUGAG